AAGUAUAGUCCUAUCCACUGUUACAAUAAACAGCUCGUGCGCGUCGCGUAACCUAUUGAACAACAGAAUAAAAUUAAACGGCCAAACCGACAGACAAAGCUACGCUACGGUCGUUACUGGCAAAGUACGCUGUGGAACGGCCAAUGCAGAAUUUUGUCAUACGCGAGUAUUUUUUUUUCGCGUUCAGUUUAGGUUUUAGUUACCUGCGCGCAACAACCCCGUCGCCUUAGUCGCUGCGUUUCCAAUUCUAAAACCCGAACAUAUUACAAAGUGUGCGUUGCAUGAGCAAUAAUACAGCUCCGUGUUGUAAUUUAAUAAACUCUCAAUCGUGUAAAUAAGUGAAAACAGCUGCAACAGUAUUUUAUACUCUGCGUUUGUUUGAGGCGCAAGUCUUUAAAUAGUUGUAUUUGUUCUCUCUCGUUUGUUUGUUUACUGCAAACGGGUAGCAGUUAAAGUUGCUCCUCGUUGGUCCUGUUGUUUGUUUGUUUUCUUUGUUGUUGGAGUUGCAAUAAUACGCAGCACGCUGGAGAAACAAAAUAAACGCUCCCAGCUCAUACGCGACAAGAUGGUGUUGGCCGAGCGCAACACCGGCGACAUAGUACGCAAUGGCCGUCGCUCACGUGGACCUAGCCCCAAUACACAUCAGAGCGGCGGUGGCAGCGCUGCUACUGCUGCCGCAGCCGCUGCUGCUGGGCAUGGGCACAAUGCUGGCGGCUUGGGGGUAGGUGGCAACUCUGUUAAUUCAGGCAACGCGAAUGAGAAAGCCGCAGCUGCCGUCACAGGAGCUGGCACACCCGAGAGCUCCGACGAUGAUAACUAUCUCCAUGUAGCAACCAAGCGAAAUGGCAAGUCCAAGGCGAAGCAAUCUGAAUACGAAGAGAAAAUCCGUGUUGGUCGUGAUUAUCAGGCUGUGUGUCCACCGCUCGUGCCUGAGAUGGAACGUCGCCCAGAACUGAUGAAUGAGCGUGCACUGCUAGUGUGGUCACCCACAAAAGAGAUACCCGACUUGAAGUUGGAGGAAUAUAUUUCGGUUGCCAAAGACAAGUAUGGCUAUAAUGGCGAACAAGCUUUGGGCAUGUUAUUCUGGCAUAAACACGAUUUGGAACGCGCUGUCAUGGACUUGGCUAACUUUACGCCUUUUCCCGACGAAUGGACCAUGGAGGAUAAAGUGCUGUUCGAGCAAGCCUUUCAAUUUCAUGGCAAGAGCUUUCAUCGUAUACGCCAAAUGUUGCCGGAUAAGUCGAUUGCCAGUCUGGUCAAGUAUUAUUAUUCGUGGAAGAAGACACGUCACCGCAGCAGCGCAAUGGAUCGACAGGAGAAAAUGCUAAAGGCCGCUGUCAAGGACGGCUCCGAGAAUGGCAGCGAGCUAGGCAGCAAUGAGGAAUCUGAUAACGAUAACGACAAGAAGGCCCAUAACAAUAAUGGCGGAUUGCCUGGAAGCAAUGGAAGUGCCAACAACAACAGCAGCAAUGCAUCUGGGGAUAACGGCGGAAGCAGCAGCGGCAGUGGCGUUGGCGCGGGCAGCGGCAGCAAUAGCAAUAACAACAACAGCAUUGAACUGGAUGCCGAGCAGCUGUGCAUCUAUACGAAUGCAUUGAGCGAUGAUAUGCUUGGCUUUGGCCUGCCCGGCUUUGGUCUGACCAUCGAUAAUGGCAUCGAGUUUGAUAACGAUAUCAACAAUCACAAUGCUGGCAACACUGGCAACAGCAACGGCAGCGGCCGGCGCGUCGUUGUGGGCGGUUUUUGCAAAAAUUGCAAUGUUGUCUGCUACAUAUUGUUCGAUUCGCCAUUGGGUCGCAUGUGCAAAAGUUGUCACACGCACUGGAGACGCACUGGAAAUCGACGACCGAUCUCUGGUCCGGAUAGCGUUGUGUCCUCCAAACGUUCCGCACACAACAACAACAACAACAACAACAGCAAUAGCAAUACUAAUAAUACGAACAAUAAUAAUAACAAUACCAACAACAACAAUAAUAAUAACAACAACAACAACACCGCCGCUGCGGCAGAUCGCUCCAAGCGAAAACCACCGCGUGGCAUGUAUAUCAAUCACGACGAUCUCACCGCCCUGGCCGGCUGCAAAAAUCCGUGCGAAUACCUAGCCGAAGGCGAUCGCAAAAUAGCCGCUCUCAUGGCCGAAAUACAAAAGAAUAGGCAACUAAUGGAGCAUCUGGAGAGGGACUGCAACGAUGGCCAACUGACGGAAGAGGGCGGCAGCAAUGCAGCUAAAGCCUCGCUAGGAGCAGCCGGAGCCGUCGCAGCAGGAGCAGCCGCAGCUGCUGCAGGAGAGACGACAGCAACAACAACGACGACGACGACGUCGUUGACUUCAACAGGCACAGCUACAGCGGCGGCAACACCAUCGCUAACAGCAGCAGCCGCCGCAGCAGCGACUGCUCAGCCAGCUCGCAUUUCACCACGUUGGACAAGCGAUGAGAACAAGGUGGUGUUGCUCGCCUUGCGCGACUACGGCAAGAACUUUCAGAUGAUCGCCAAGGUGGUUGGCACCAAGACGGAGGCGCAUGUGCGCACCUACUACUUGAACAAUCGACGACGCUAUAAUCUAGAUGAGAUCGUUAAGGAAUAUGAGGCCAAGGCGGAGGAGGCAUUGCUCGAGGAGCAGGGCUCUGAGGCAGCAGCAGCAGCUGCAUCAGCGGCAGGAGCUACUCCAACAACAGCAGCUGCAGCAGCAGCCACAGCAGCAACAACUGCUGCCAACUCCUCCAGUGAGGCGAGCGAGGAGCAGCAGCUCUCGAAAAAAGAUGAGAUGGCUAAGAAGAAGUCGGACUUGAGCACUGACGGCAACUCAACAGCAGCAGCAGCAGCAGCAGGUUCAGGAGCUGCUGCAUCUGGCCCAGCGGCAACAGCUGCUGCAGUAACUAGCACAGCAGCUGCUGCUGCUGCAGCUGCUGUUAGUAAAGCUACGCCCACUAUAACAAUUGUCGACGAAUCGGAUACGGCGACCAACUCCUCGAGCAGCGAUGCAGUUCAAAUCGUUGCCAAUUCUGUAUCCAGCUCAACACUGUCCAGCAACAGCAGCAGCAGCAAUAAUAACAACAACAAUAACAACAACAACAGUAACAACAACAGCAGCAGCAGCAGCGCCGCGCCCGCCAAAACAGCGACCAACAACAAUCACAACGAAUCAGCUGACAGCCAGGAAUCGUCCCUAACGCUCAAGUCAAGUCACGUCUCAGCCGCUAAGCGUGACAAUUCCGAAUUGAACACUGCCGAAAUGCCGCCAGCCAAGAAAAUGGCACUAGCCGUUGAUUUUCUGGCCAAGUGAGAGUCACGCCCAUAUGCAAAGAGAAAGAGACGGCCUCCUCGUUGGAUGUCUGAAAAUAACUGAUGCCUGAUCAGCAGGCGACACACAUAGCAGGCGACACACA